UUCCCCCAACGACGUUCCUUGGGCAUUCGAGGUGUGAUAUCUGAUCUCUACACUUGAUUCUUUCCUACUCGGCAAAAUCGAUCCCGACCGGUCCAGGAGUCAUCAGUCAAAAUGUUCAGCAGACGCUACGAACCGCCACAGACCGUUAACAAGAGUUUCUCAAAGAGCCACAAGGCAUCCAAAUCAAGCUCGUCAUUCAGCAAAUCCAGCGGCGUUUCGAAACAUCGCCAUGAAUCCCGCCACAGCCGACGACCAACGACCGCCACUACCACAACAAGCACUGCGACCGAGGAUACUUCCAUGAGCAACAACCUCACCUCCGCAAUCGUAACCCUCGUCGUCGGCACAGAACAACGCCUCUUCGCCGCCCACGAAGACGUCCUCUGCGCUUCGCCCUUUUUCCAAAACGCCCUCCGCGCCAACCUAUACGGCAGCCCCGCCGACGUCGUCGGCUCCCCGGCCUCGGCUUCCUCGUCGGCCGCCCCGACCAAGCGCAUCGCCUUGCCCGAUGAGGAGCCCGAGAUCUUCUCGUCCGUGCUGGAGUACCUCUACAAGGGCGACUACUACCCGCGUCUGGUACACAACAAGCGCCGUAACUCGUGGGAGAUUGAGGCCCUCGACAGGACCGCUGACAACGGCAGAGGCGGCGUCGAGUCGACCGUCUACCACCACGGUGUCGACGGCGAUUUGCUCAAGGACACGGUGAUUUACUGUGCCGCAGAGAAGUAUGGUCUUGAGGAGCUGAAGAGGGUUUCGCUGAGGAAGCAGGGUCUUCAAUCCGGCAUCCAGUGCAGCACCAUCCUGGCGUCUGCCCGGUAUGCCUAUGCAAACACACCCGACAGCGACUCGAAGCUGCGAGCGCACUACCUCGCCCUCAUCAUCCGCAGCCGGAGCACCUUUAAGCGGAGCGGUACGAUGCAGCUGGAGAUGUUCAAUGGCGGCACCCCGCUCUUCUUCGACCUCUUUGUCGCGCUUUGCAACCACGUCGAUGACAUCUCGACUGUAAACUCUCCUCGCACGCCCCGUGGUGGCCGUUUCUAAGGGGCAUACCCCGACCCUUUCCCCAUUUCCUACAACAUCCAAAUCUUCUCAUCUCAGCCAAGGACGAAGGAAUACCCGGCUCACCAUAACUAAUGACUUUACGUUCUCACGCAAUCUUGUCUUUAUUUU